AUGGGUGUAAAAGGUGACAAUAACCCAAUUGAAAAAAAUGCGGUCCACGAAGCCUACGAAGUUUAUAAAUAUCUCACAGUCCCAGGCUUCUGCGGGGCUUUUGUCAGGCCCAAACAGCGGUAUAGCAUUCCUCCAUCAACACAGUCACAUACGUGGCAACAGCAUCAUCCUCUCACUAUAUCAGCAAGGGACUGCAUAUUUACAUUUCUUGGGAAGGGACUAUACGUGGUUAAGGCUCAACAUAUUAAAUCAAGUAUACUUAAAGGGUUAUUCGCAAUCUUGCCAGCAAAUAAGCAUUGUGACACAGCGUCGAAGGAUGUAGAACCUGGCUCUAUGCUCCUUCGCUAG